GCUGGACAGUCGCUUGGAAGCCUUUGUUUCGCCCCAUCAUGUGUUGCAGCUGCUGUGGAGUGACCCAGCAAAAGGUCUGGGUCUUUGGACUAGGAACCCUUUUCGCGGUCUCGGGACUCAUGGCCAUUAUAUUCUGGCCCGGCUUCAUAGACUCGGAGAUUAUGAAGUCCUUGCCCCUGACGCCCACUUCGAAGACCUUUGAAAAAUGGGAGGAACUGCCUAUACCCUUGUAUGUCUACAUGUACCUUUGGAACUGGACAAAUGCCGCAGACGUCCAGGCCUUUGGAGUGAAACCAACUUUCGAACAACUAGGUCCGUAUGUCUAUCGGGAGGAGAGAAGGAAGAUGGACGUCGAGUGGCACGACAAUGGCACGGUGACCUUCAACCCCCAGAGAACCUGGUUCUGGGAGGAAGAACUGUCUGGUGGUAAGCAAACGGAUUUAAUUACUGCCCCCCAUUUGCCUUCGCUGGCUGCUUCCAAUCAAAUGCGGGAUAGCAACGCCUUUCUGAAGUUCAUGUUCAACCAGGCCCUGAAUGCGAACGGAGGACAUCUUUUCGUGACCCACACGGCAGCCGAAUGGCUCUUCGACAGUUUCUACGACGAGUUCCUUCAUUACGCCAUGACCCUGAACAAUCCUUUGGUGCCAGCCAUCGAAGAUGACCACUUUGCCUGGUUCCUCCAUCGCAACGGAUCCAAGGACUUCGAGGGGCCCUUCACCGUGCACACAGGAGUGGGUGACAUCAAGGAGAUGGGUGAAAUCAAGUAUUGGAAGGGCCAAAACCACACAGGAUGGUACGACGGUGAGUGUGGACGGCUCAAUGGCAGCACCUCAGACCUCUUCGUGCCCGGUGAGCCCAAGGAGAAGGCCUUGACCAUCUUCAUUCCGGACACUUGUCGGAUCAUAAAUCUGGAAUUCACGGGCCAGAGUGAAACGAUCCAGGGCAUCACGGGAUGGAAGUACGAAAUAACACCCAAUACCUUCGACAAUGGUCAGAUCAAUGGCAACACGAAGUGCUGGUGUCCUUUGGAAAGACAGCCGGAUGAUUGUCCGUCCACCGGGGCCACUGAUAUGGCACCUUGUGCCGACGGAGCGCCCAUGUACCUGUCGGCGGAUCACUUUAUGUACGCUGACGAGAGCUAUGGCAGCACGAUCAACGGCUACCAACCCAACUACGAUCAGAACAACUUCUACAUCAUCAUGGAGCGCAAGAUGGGCGUGCCCUUGAAGGUCAAUGCCAAUGUGAUGAUCACCUUGUACAUAGAGGCGGAUAACAGUAUUGACAUACUGAAGGGCCUUCCCAGUUUCUAUGCUCCUCUUUUCACCACCGCCAGUCGGGCGGAGAUUGACGAAGCUCUGGCCUCUGAACUCAAGUUGGCGCUCAAUCUGCCUGCGAUUGGCAGAUACACUGGGGUGGGUUUUCUGUGUCUGGGCUGCAUUCUUAUAGCCGUUGGCGUCAUACUCACUGUUAAGAGAAAAUGGUAUGGCCAAUCUGAAUCGGACAGACUAGCUCUCAAGGACAACGAGGAGAGUCCAAAUCCACCGGAAACACAGGCCAAUGCAUUCGACCAAAAUUUGUAGUUUAGUAUUAACAUUUCAAACAAAAACAGCACAUCAAUGUGAUUUUUAAAACAAGUAAUGUGAUAACUAACUGUAUUCAUUUUUUUGUUUUAUAAUAUAAGCGUAAAACACCAAUUUGGGUAUUUUAUAAAAUUUUUUAGAUAUACUAAACAUAAAAUAAAUGAAUGAAAUCAGUGGAUUAAAAGUAGAUUAGAGAAAACUUAUAAAA